CAUUAGUCCUCUUUUACUAUUCUAAACCAUGAGGUAACAAUUCCUUUAACUUUAUCAUAAAAAUUUACGUUUUUUCCCUUCUUUUUACCGAAUAAUGUCGACACAGCAAAGAAAAAAGACUACUCAUGAAUCCAAUGGUGAAGUUUCUGUCUCUGAGACCUUUCACAAGGCGUUGAAAUCUGGCUCUACUUGGGAAGACAAGGAAGAGUUUUUGGACGUAAUAUACUGGUUACGACAGAUYUUAGCUGUGAUAAUUGGUAUUAUUUGGGGUCUUAUCCCAUUAAAAGGAAUUUUAGCUAUUGGACUGUUUUGUUUAAUAAAUGCAGGUGUUGCUUAUGUAUACUUUAAUAACUUUCAAAAGAUUGAUGAGGAGGAGUAUGGUGGUGCGUGGGAACUAACAAAAGAAGGCUUUAUGACAUCAUUUGCAGUUUUUUUGGUAUUUUGGAUAAUUGUCUACUCAUCCCUCUUCUCUUAGUGAUGGGAAUCUUAAUCUAGAGAAAAUUCUCCAUUAUUAUUUGCAUUAUUUUUCAUAAUAGUUAACUUUGUAAAAAUUAUAUUAUGAUAAUUCUACUGCCUUGCUGCUCUUUGUGAGUGGCUAUGAAYAUAGUAUAGCCAUAAAGAAAGCUUCCAGUUAAAAGACAUGGUUGUGUACUUUGUAAAGUGCACUUGUCUCUCCAUCUCCAAUCUCCAAUCUCUGAAUCUUGAAUGUCAUUAAGAAUAGCACCCCAAACAAUGAUGGAAAGGGUGUCAGCCUACCGUCAACCCACAGAUCACCUAAAUACUGAUCAGCAUAUCAACAUCAGUUUUGGGGUCUUAAAAUUCUUCAAUCUACAGCACAUGGCAUGAAAAAAGAUCUAUGGCAUUAAUUCCAGAGUUAAGGAGUAGUGAUAUGAUUCUUUUAGCUCAAUUAAGGGUGAUGUAGUGGUAGUGCAACUGCCUCUCACCUUUGGGAUCUUGGGUUUGAUUCCUGGACACACCAUCACAUGAGAGUGAGUUUAGAUAUUUCCCUUGAUUCAAGGGUUUUUUCCUCAUGCUUCAGUUUUAUUACUUCCUCAAAAUGUGCAUGCUAAAUUCCAAUUUGAUCUGUGAAUUAGCUGCAAGCUGACUUGGUUUAAGGAUUUAAUAAAAUUUGAAGGUUUUGGUUCAGAAAUGACUAUGCUUAUAUUGUGUGGUUCCAAAAAUUAUCCAUACUCCCCUCACGAAGGAAUUUUUUUAAGACACCCCUAUCCCCCGGAAAUUCCAUUUUUCUUCCAUACAAUUUCUGUAAUUUUCGUUUUUUCUCUUUGGAAAUUCCAAAUUCCUCUGUAGGGUGGGUAUGGAUAAUUUCUGGAACUAAACAUUUGUAUUUUAGUGCCUAUGGAUUCCAAGAGACUGGAUUUCUAGUGAAUGACAGUACUACUCUUCCAAGUAGACCAAGGCAGUCAUAAAAUCACGACUGCCUCAGAUUACUGGGAAGAGUAGUAACAUGUCUUGGUUGGGAGACAUAUGCAUAUCUCAGUUUCGCAUGAUAGUUAUGUUGUUUUCUGCUAUGGUUGGUCAUUAUUUUGUUCCAACCCUUAGGGCUUUUUGCAGACCACUUAAAACAAAUUCUGUAGAAAUUGGAAAGAACUUUCACUUAGCACUCUAACUUUUACUAAAAUUACCAGCCAUUUUCAAAAUCA